AUGAAGAUGGAGGAAGAGCUGAGGAGCGGCGGCGGUGGCGGAGCGGUGACCGGUGCUCGGGGCAGCAACGACUGCUGCAUCACCAGACUGCUGAGCGUCGUGGAGAGCGAGUUACAGGCCGGUCGAGAGAAGGGAGACCCCACUGAGAAACAGCUCAAAGUCACCCUGGAAGAUUCUGAACUCUGGAGGAAAUUCAAAGAAUUGACUAAUGAGAUGAUUGUGACCAAGAACGGCAGGAGGAUGUUUCCAAUUCUGAAGGUCAGCGUGACGGGUCUGGAUCCCAACGCCAUGUAUUCGUUCCUCUUGGACUUCAGUCCUGCAGACGGGCACCGCUGGAAGUACGUGAACGGCGAGUGGGUCCCUGCGGGCAAACCUGAGCCUCACAGUCACAGCUGCGUCUACAUCCACCCCGACUCGCCCAACUUCGGUGCCCACUGGAUGAAAGCGCCGGUGUCCUUCAACAAAGUCAAACUGACCAACAAACUCAACGGGGGCGGCCAGAUCAUGCUGAAUUCUCUCCAUAAGUACGAGCCUCAGAUUCACAUUGUUCGUAUAGGAGGCAGCCACAGGAUGGUGACCAACAUCUCUUACACAGACACUCAGUUCAUCGCUGUAACGGCCUACCAGAAUGAAGAGAUAACUGCACUGAAGAUAAAACACAAUCCGUUUGCUAAAGCUUUCCUUGAUGCAAAGGAAAGGAGCCAUCCUAAGAAUCAUCUAGAACCUCCAGCUGAAAACCAGCAUGUGGGCAUACCACACUGCAGAUGGUUCAUAUCAAACCCAGACACUCUGUGUUCUGCUAGUGGUGGUAACUUUCCGUAUCCAGGAGGUUUACCUCUUACUCCCCACCAUGGGUACAAACACUACCCAAGCCUGCACGGGCACCGAGCAACCCCGUACCCAUCACCCUACCUGCCCCACCAUCAUCACCACCGUGGCCAUAACUCAGUGGCUCUGUCUGAGAAUCUGAGUCCAGGUGCUGUGCAGAUGUUCUCCGGUCACGAGGGCUGGACAGGUGCGUCUCCUCCUGGUCCUGCUGCGAUGCUGUCUAUGCAACCUGCUCCAAGCUCACCCGGAGCCAGCAGUCAGUAUCCAUGCCUGUGGACUGUGAGCAGCUGCACUGUAUCAUCCAGUCCUCCAGGGGGCAUUGUGAGCUCCACACAUAGCCAGGAGGAACCCACAGAUGGAGGGUCCACCUCAGCAUCACCUUGCUCUUUACUGCAGGGCCACGGACCAACCAGCUCUGAGGGUGGUGUAGAUCAAGCCAAUCACAGUAGGCUAGGCAGGGUGAGCUGGUCUUCUGUCUCCACCCAGUCAUUUUGA